GCUUCCUGGUGUAGCUUCCUACUUUCACAUAGCACUUGUUAGCUUGACAAUUUAAUCAGCGUACUUUCCCCACAGACAAUACUACACAGACAAGAGCUGCAGUGAUUUCUUCAGGCCUUCUAAUGUCCUUCAUCAAGGUUGAAGAUGAUGAAUAUGAUAAAAAACCUGAAUGUUCUGGGAGUAUGAUGGCUGAAAAGUGUAUAUAUGACACUGUGGUUUACGAGGAAGACAACAAUUCGGUGGGCGAUAGGCCAAAAUUUGCUGUCGUUACCUUGCAAGAUACUGAUGAAGUGAUGGUGGUAGCAUCAAACUGGUUGAGCAUGGACAAGACACAAUGUGACUGGCCUCCAUUCAAAUCACGAGAGAAGUUCAUGAACGCUCUUAGAAACAGACUUGAGCCGUCAAUAGAAGAAAAACCAUGGGAGAAAUUGAAUGUGAACUUUCAGGCACAAUACGACACUUACAAGGAGGCUGUUAACAAACAAGAAGAACAAAGAGCACUGAAAAAUGGUCAGGUCUUGUAUGGAGUUGUUACCUUGCAAAAAUCCAAUGAGCUGACAGUAAUUCCAGCAAUGUGGCUGAAUGAAGAGAAGACACAAUGCUACUGGCCUCCAUAUAAGUCACCAGAAAUGUGCACUGAAGCUGUAAAGUACAGACAUGAGCCAGCCAAACAAGUAGAGAUACUAUGGGAGAUGUUAAAUACUAAAGUGCACAUGGAAUGCAUGACUUUUGAGCAGGCAAAGGAGAAGCAAAACUCAUUAAAAAGGCUGAGAGAACGGUAUUUUCUUAAAUAA